AUGUUAGAGCAAAACCCACAUCAGCAGCAGCAGCAGCAGCAUCAGCAGCACCAGCAGCAGUUGCAGCAUCACCUGCGCAGACUUCAGCAGCAACGACAUAAACAACAAGACAGGAAUCGAACGGAAGAAGAGACAGACACCAGAGACAGCCCAUCUGCUCCCCACACAGCAGCAGCAGCAGCAGCAGCAGCAGCAGCAGCAAUGGCAGCAGACAGUUCGCAGCGACACUGCUGCGCUGCAGCAGCAUCUGGCUGCUUGAUGCGUCGCUCUCUCUCCUGUCCUUCAGGAGAGCUUCUUCACUCGAGAUAUAGAGAUAAAAAUGUAUUUUUCAUGCUGCAGCAAACAGCACCACAGAGAUGUACAGCAUGCGGAGAGAGAGCAGCAGCUAUUACCUGCCUAGACACCGCAGCACCAGCACCAGCAGCACCACCAGCAGCAGCAGCACCAGCAGUAGCAACAACAGCAGCAGCACCCGCAGCGCCUGCCAGUCCUUCAAACACUGCUCAGCAACUUAUCGUUGCUGCUGCUGCGCAACAGCAGCAGCAGCAACAGCAACAGCAACAGCAGCAAGAUUUGUCUUUAAAGGAAGACUCUCCCGUCUGGGGGUCUCAGCAGCCGAUCGAAAACAGCAGCAAAAACACUUGGGAGCCUCAAAGGGCGCGUGAGGAGAAGCAGCAGAAUGCAAUCAGCAAUGAAGAUUUCUGCUGCUGCUGCGACACAUAUGAAAAUAGUCAAGACUCUCCCGAUGCAGCAGCAACCGCUGCAGCAGCAACUGCUGCAGCAGCAACUGCUGCUGCAGCCGCCGCUGCCGCUGCAGCAACGGCUGCAUCUCCAGCUGCUACUGCUGCGGAACCAGAAGAGAUCAUUCAAUACCAUGCAACAGCAGCAGCAGCAGCAACAGAAGCAACAGCUGCAGCAGCAGCAGCGGCAACAGAAGCCGCAGUAGCAGCAGCGACAACAGCAGCAGCAGCAACGACAGAAGCAGCAGCAGCAGCAGAGCGGAGGAGUGAAACGACAGAGGAGCCCGCAGGCGUCUCUCUCGCAAUUGAAGACAGCAGCACAAAGCAGCAGCAGGAAAAGGAUCAGCAGCAAGCAGCAGAGCAGCUGCAGCAAGAACAACAGCAGCGAGAAUAUGCGGUGGAAGAAGAGGAGGAGGCGGAGCAUCAACUGGAGAGUGAGCAGCAGGAGAUGCAGCAGCAGCAGCAGCAGCAGCAGCAACUGCAGCAGUCACAAAGCGAAGACACCGCAGUAGCACCCGAGAAGCUGCUGGACCAUCUGCUGCAGCAGCAGAUGCUGCAGCAAAUGCAGCAGCAGCAGCUGGAGUCGCAGCAGCUCAAGAUAGAGCAGCUGUUAGCAGAGCAUGAAAGACUGAAGCAGGAGCACAAACAAGCCACAGCGUGCCUCAUGCAGCAGCAGCAGCAGCAGCAGCAACAGCAGCAGCAGCAGCAGCAGCAGCCAAAGGAGCCGUCUGAUGAUGCCUCUUCCGUCCCUUUUGCUGCUGCAGCCGCAGCAUCAACAACAGCAGCAGAAGCUCCAGAGCAUGCAGCUGCAGCAACAGCAGCAGCAGAAGCAGCAGCAACAGCAGCAGAGGAACAGGAAGAGGCGGAGGAGGAGGAGCAGCAGCAAGCCUGGGAGCCCGUUAUACAAGAUAACAUUGCGAGUGCUAGGAGAACAGCAGCAGCUGCUGCUGCUCAGCUGUAUAGACAGCAGCAGCUUCAUCAGCAGCUGCUGGAAGAACAUCGGGAGCUGCAGCAGCAGCGGCAGCACCUCACUGCAUGCAUCGAAGACAUUAAGACGAGGUCUCUUCACGUGUCUCCUUCCAGCAGCGGGCAGCAGCUGCAGCAGCAGCAGCUGCAGCAGCAGCAGCAGAUGCAGCAGCAGCUGCUGCAGGACUCGACGCAGCAAGGGACGCACCUGGUGCCUCUGCAGCGACACGGGAGGACGCGCAGCACCAGCAGCAGCAACAGCAACAACAGCAACAGCAGCAUGAACAACAACAACUGCAGCAGCAGCAGCAGGAGCAGCAGCUGGAAAUCUCCUACAAAUGUGGAGAGAACGCCUGGGUUGCCUUCAUGGGAACAGCAGCAGCAGCAGCAACAGCAGCAGCAGCAGCAGCAGCAGCAACAGAACCAAAGCAGCCCAGACUUGUCAGUGUCUCUACCCCGCGUAGUUCGACGGUCGCACGGUUCCUUAGAACUCCAACAGCAGCAGCAGCAGCAGCAGCUGCUGCUGCUGCAGCAGCGAGAGCACUCCGGAGGCACCUUCUCUGCACGCAUGAGCACCAGGUCUAGCACUUGUAGCAGCAACGUUGCUGCCGAAGCAGCAGACUCAUGGCUGCUGCUGCAGCAGCAACACCAGCGAAUGCUGCCGCACCAACAGCAGCAGCUGCAGCAGCAGCUGCAGCAGCAGCUACUGCAGCAACGGCUGCAGCAGCAACAGAUGUGGACGCCAGUUCAUCACACUGCAGCAGUGGGAACGACAGCUUCUUGGAGCGAAUACCCACAGCAACAGCAGCAGCAGCAGCAGCAGCAGCAGCAACAGCACACGCGUCUGCUGCAGCACCAUCUUGGCAGCAGCAAUUCUCUCUUGGGGUGCUCUUCCCCUUACACACCCCAUCAUCAACAGCAGCAGCAGCAGCAGCAGCAGCAGCAGCAGCAGCAGCAGCAGCAGCAGCAACACCAAAGCCUUCCCUUUAGGGAAUUCCCCUCGGGCACUGCCUUGAGGCAUUCGCAUCACCCGCAACCACAGCAGCAGCAGCAGCAGCAGCAGCAGCAGCAGCAGCAAACUCAUGAGGAAGCUUCUUCUCCAUGGUUAUCUUCUCCAGUUGGUUUGCCUCCUCUGCCUCAUCAAUAUCAACAAACUCAUUCGCUCUUCAUCUCUUCUCAGGGGGGCCCUGGCCUUGCUGCUGCACUUGCAGCAAACUCUACGGGGGGCACCCAUAGAGGCCUCUCGAGGGGGCCCUCUAGGGGGCUCUCUAGGGGCCCCUCAAGGGGCCCCUCAAGGGGCCUCUCUUCUGGGGGCCCCCCUCCUGGGGGCCCCCCUUCUGGGGGCCCCUUUUCUGGGGGCCCCCCUUCGGGGGCCCCAUUCUCUGGGGUCCCCUUCUGUAAGCAGCAACAGGGGCAUUGCAGCACCACUCUGCAGCACCCUUUGGGUUUGAGGCUUGAGAGUUCUCCUCCUUUUGCUGCUUCUGCUGCUACUAGUGCUGCUGCUGCUUCUGCUGCUGCCGGUGCAGGUGGUGGUGCUGCAGUAACAGUUGGGGGACCCUCGUGGGUGGUGCCUGGUGCUGCUGCUGCUGCUUAUGCAAGGGAAACGCGCUCGACAGCAGCAGCAGCAGCAGCAGCAGCAGGAAACAGCAGCAAACCACCCCUCGAAGCAUUUGCUGCAGCAACACACUUUCAAGGGGGGGCCCCAGGAGACGCAUUUAUGCCGAGCGCACCUGCUAGGGCCUACGGAGUUAGGGGGGGCCCCCAAUUUCGCUAUACCCCUACUGAGUAUCAGCAGCAGCAGCAGCAGCAACAGCAGCAGCAGCAGCAGCAGCAGCAGCGGCUCUUGAUGAUGCGGUCGUGGGGGAAUGCACACAGACGCAGCGCCUCUUUUACUCCCCUCCCUGGACUAGACAAGCAGGAAGAGACACCUGCAGCAGCAGCAGCAGCAGCAGCAGCAGCCCAUGGUGAAGCACCAAGGAAGCUUAGUCCCUUGAUGCCGAGGCACAUGUUAAAUCCACUUCCCUUCUGCAGCAGCAGCAGCAGCAGCAAUCCUGCUGCUGCAGCAGCAGCAGCAAGACAUGCAGGACUAAGGGUCAGGCGAAGCGGAAGUCUCUGCAGCCUCAGAGACAACUCGCUGCCCCACACGCCGCUCCCUGCUGCUGCUGCUGCUGCUGCAGCUGCUGCUGCUGGUGGGGAGGCCUGCUACCGCAGUUCAGGAAGAUACGGUUACUUCUAG